AUGCCUGACAACACUACUGUUUACACUUUGCCUAUCGGGGAAAUGUCUCUGCUAGGUGAUUACUUGGCUGUCGCUAAUGAGAAAGAGCUGCAAUUUGUCGGUAAGCUGAACUCACGGUUUGCACUGAUCCUUUCUAUUCCAAGUUCCACCUUCCAUGACCACUCAACAACGCCAGACACUAGAGGGGAGCGUGACCUAGGCCAGAAAUUACUAUUGCAGCAGCUGAACGAAGAGUUGUGGAUUACUGCAACGGCUGACCGGCCGGUGACCUAUUCUGGAAUUUAA